AUGGAGCACCCAACAACGAACAUAAUGAAGAAACUUCCUCCUGAGAUUAUCCUUCAUAUACUAUCCAGGCUUCCAGUAACAUCUUUGCUGCAAUCGAUGUCGGUUUGCCGAGCUUGGCGAAUAUUGAUACGAGAUCCGCUUCUUGUUACUACCAAUCUCUCCCACAUGUCCGACAGCGGUCCAAGCUUCAUCUUCCAAAGCAAUCGGCCGAACUCAUCAUAUCAGCUUUUCUUUUUCGAUUUCUCUGAUUUCCACAGCGAAGGAAACGUUAUGUUUAAGAAACUUCCUGCAGAUUCCUCUAUGGCUAUGUACUUGGUAGAUUCAUGCAAUGGCUUGCUAUGCAUGCGUGAUUCGCAAGGCAUGUAUAUUUACAACCCUUUUACCAGACUUCACUUAGAGCUCCCUAAAUUGAUGCACUAUCCGGCACAAGUGGGACACAUUGCAUUCGGGUUUCACCAGACAACGAAACAGUACAAGGUCGUCCAGGUAGUAGUUCGAAGACAAUUGGUUAUACGAGGUGAUCGCGUCGAUGUCGCUGCAUCUAAUUUGAUACAAUCUCAGGUCCAUGUUCUAACGAUUGGAGAUCUUUCUUGGAGAAAUAUGGGAACGUUGCCUUAUGAUUUGACUCGGCCGACACCAAGAGCUUUACUCAAUGGGAGGCUUCAUUGGCUUUCUAAGCCUGACAAGAGCACAACAGCUAGUUUGCUCACCUCGUUCGACCUGGAAACCGAGCAGUUCCAGCAGGUGCCUAAACCUGACUGUUGUGGCUCAGACAGGUGUUUUCACCAUCUGAUGGUUUUACGAGGCUGUCUCUCGGCCGGAGCGUAUCACGAUAACGAAGAAUUGGAGAUUUGGGUUAUGAAGGAGUACGGUGUAAAGGAGUCUUGGAUCAAAGAAUUCACCUUAGGGACUAAUUACUUGCCACCAACGUUGCAGCAAACUGAUCUGCUGCACUUCAAUAACGCAAGGGCUCGUUUCCCUAACUCAUCUGUUAGGGUUUUAUGUGUUUUGAGAAACGAUGAGAUCUUGUUGGAGUAUCUGAGCAGACUAGUUGUUGUGUUUGACCCCAGCAAUGGAACAUUCAAGGAGCUUACAUUUCAUGAAAUGCCACAUUGGUACACAAUCGUUGCUCAUAUUGGCAGCCUCAACUGGAUUCACACUCCUGUAUAA